GCCCCCACAAAAAUGGAAACUUUUAGUUUUAAACUUUAAAUAAAUAAAAAAACAUUAUCUCCCAACAAAAGCGCUUGAAAUUGGGGAUUAGGGUUUUCAAAAUCAUUCAAGCGUACAUUUCAAUCUACAAAAUUGCUUCAAUUAGAUUCAUUACUCAACAAAAUUCACAAAUUCCGCUUCAUUUCAUGCACAAUCCUCUCGAUUUCUCACCUUAAUCCCCUCAAUUGCUGCCCUAAUCGCUCAACUUCAUUUCAAAUUCGUUACAUAAAUGGUUACAGAUCUGAAGGUUUCCCAAUAUGGCUAGAAUAAUCGAAGAAAACGCACUUCAGGUCUCCAGAAUUCCGAUCCGUUCGAAGAAUUCGCACACAUCGUUAUCGCCUAUGAGUUUUGCGAGAAAUUACUUCAGGAUUCGAUCGUCCAUCGAUUCGUUUUACGUUGCAUGUGAAGCGUUCUCUGAACGUUGUGAACUCUAGGGUUUGUUCGUUCGUUUGUGCGUGUGUUCGUGAGCUGUUGUUGUGUGUUUUGGAUCCGUGUGGUUGUUGUUAUGGGUGAACUAGGGUUUGAGAAAUUGGAUUUGAAUUCGAAAAUGAGACCGGAGGUUGAAGAUCCUGAUGUUGUUGAAAGAUGUCCUCACAAUCGUUACGUUAGGUAUAAUGAAAUGCUGGGGAGAGGAGCAUUCAAGACUGUAUACAAGGGGUUUGAUGAAGUUGAAGGAAUCGAAGUUGCUUGGAACCAAGUGAUGUUGGACGAUGCUAUGCAAUCUCCUGAACAUUUGGAGAGAGUUUAUUCAGAGGUUCACUUACUAAGGACACUGAAACACGUCAACAUAAUCAAGUCAUAUGUUUCGUGGGUGGACGAUGAGAAGAAAACUAUCAACAUGAUCACCGAAUUGUUCACCUCCGGGAAUUUGAGGCAAUACCGCAAGAAGCAUAAGAGUGUUGAUUUGAAGGCUAUCAAGAAUUGGGCUCGACAGAUCCUCCGAGGCUUGGCUUAUCUUCACAGUCAUGAACCGCCUAUUAUUCAUAGAGAUUUAAAAUGUGACAAUAUAUUCGUUAACGGAAAUCAUGGAGAAGUGAAGAUCGGAGAUCUAGGACUAGCAACUCUUAUGCUACGGCCCACUGCCAAAAGCUUGAUUGGGACUCCUGAGUUCAUGGCGCCAGAGCUUUAUGAAGAGGAAUAUAAUGAACUCGUCGACAUAUAUUCGUUCGGAAUGUGCAUACUGGAGCUGAUUACUUGUGAAUAUCCUUACAGUGAGUGCAAAAAUCAAGCACAGAUAUAUAAGAAAGUUACUUCAGGUAUAAAGCCUGCUGGUCUAUCAAAAGUCAAAGAUCCACAAGUCAAGGAGUUCAUCGAAAAGUGUUUGGUCCCAUUGCCUCAAAGGUUGCCUGCAAGCGAGCUUCUGAAAGAUCCGUUUCUUGCCCCGGAAAGUAUAAAAGAGUACAUAAACGAGCCGGUCAAGUUUGACUUGGUUAACCUGCCGACACCCGACUCAUCGGCCAUGGACAUUGACUGUAACGACAAUAAGAUAUCACCUGGUAGCUCAUGCAUCAAGAGCAACACGAGCGUCCCGUGUUUGACGUCACAUGAACUUCAGUGCCUCAAUGAGAGGAAUGAUAUCCGGUUGAAGGGCGAGAAGAAUGAAGAUAACUCUGUCAUGUUAACCUUGAGAAUAGCUGAUUUCAGUGGUAGUGUGAGGAACAUUCAUUUCCCGUUUUAUCUGGAUUCUGAUACUGCACACAUAAUAGCUCAAGAGAUGGUCGAACAACUCGACCUCUUGCACGAAGACGUUGCUGUCAUAGCGGAGCUGAUCGACGACAUGAUCUCGAAGUUCGUGCCAACAUGGAAACCUUCGUUUAAAAAAUCCGCUUCUAGUGGUGGCAUUAGUUCACAUGAAGGUUCUGUAAUCAUUCAAACUGGUCAAACUGCAUGUGAGCCCGUAAAGGUUCCUCAACCGGAAAACAACGGGUCGGAUUAUUCUUCAUCUACGUAUUCCGGUGAUUGGAUGAAGAGCUCGGGAACCAUAACCAGUGAUUCAAAUUCAAUACCGUCUGACUAUGAGAAAGACGUGUGUGAAGAUUUGAAGCAAGAGCUUGAUGCAAUCGAAGCGCGAUAUCAUCAUUGGUAUAGUGAGUUACAGAAGUCUCGAGAAGCUGCGAUUGAAGAUGCGAAGAGGAGAUGGGUUUCUAAGAAGAAAGAGUCGGAGUUUUGAGUUUGGUGUAAUAAGUAACCAGCAAGAUUUGCGCCGGUUUUUUCGUUUUGAGUGCUGUUUUGUGAGUUCUAACUUGGCUGUUUGGUUUUACCUGAUGUUUUUACUUUCGAUUUUAGAUGGUUUUGUCUUAGAAUAUGUGAAUGCUUAAUCCAUUUGCUGAUGAUUGGUUUAAUUGUAAGGUGCAUUGUUUGAACAUUG